AUGUCCUCCACCGUCAAAUCUUUCCGCCAAAUCAUCGGCAUCCCCCCUUCCUCCGCCUCAACCAGCGACUCAACACUCAUAAUCAUCGACGCUCAAAACGAGUACGCCACCGGCCUUCUCGCAGUUGAACAAGUCGCCGAAACCCGCACGGUGAUUUCCAAGCUCCUGGAAAAAUACCGACAGGAUGGCAACGGCAAGAACAUCGUCCAUGUCGUGCACGAGGUGCCUGCCGGUGCACCCGUCUUCACGCCUGCCACUACUCUCGCGCAGGAAUUCGAAGAGCUGACGCCCAAGCCGAGCGAGAAAGUCAUCACUAAGAACUCUCCGAGUUCUUUUGCCAAGACCGAUCUACAUGAUUACUUGCAGGGAUUGGGUCAAGUAGGUCGGAAGAUCGUACUGGUGGGUUACAUGGCGCACAUUUGCGUUUCUACCACCGCACGUGCGGGUAGUGAGCUUGGGUAUGAUGUGCUCGUUGUGCGGGACGCUGUGGGAGAUCGUAAUAUUCCCGGUGUGGAUGCGGAGACUGUGGUCUCGGUGGUUCUUAGUGAAUUGGCUGAUGGCUUUGCCACGAUUGUCUCUGGGAGUGAGAUUAGCUCGUGA